GCGCGCCGCUCGCUCGCGCUCCACUUGUCCCCGCCGUGUCCAGGGAUGGAGCUUCUUUCUUUAGCUCGUAGCUGAAACUCUCCGCAGUGUGUCUGUUUUCAGGACGGCAGCACAAGAGCAGGAGACGGGUCGAGCUGCCGCAGUUCGAGCUGGACGCGUGUUGGUUCUGAAACACGAACUGGUUUAAAUUAAUUUCCAGUUUUAUCCGAUAAAAGAAGUUGUUCCAGAAGAUGAAGUAUGGGUGUCGUUAUACGGGGAUAUAAAAGCUGCGAGCUGCUCGACGAAGCUCUCUCCUUCACCGGUUUAUCCUUAAACUAAACUUUCCAGUGCGAUGGAUGCAGAGGGAUACACACACUACACAGAAACAGAGAACUUUUGGCACGCGUCGCACAAAUCAGGCGAUUUGGAGGUGAGGAGCAGAGAUGGAGAGGGAUGGAGGCUGGUGCCUAUGUUUCUGUCAGGAGGUGCACCAUGGGGGUUUACACUCCGAGGAGGACUGGAGUAUCAGGAACCACUGCUCAUUACCAAGGUUGAGGAGGGUAGCAAGGCGGCAGCUGUGUGUCUCCAGGUGGGAGACGAGCUUGUCAACAUCAAUGAGAUUCCCCUGAGUGGCUACAGAAAGGAGGCWAUCUGCCUAGUGAAAGGCUCCCACAAGACCCUCAGCAUAGUGGUGAAAAGGAAUUUGAACAUGGUGGAUAUUGUAGCUCAAAAAAUGCCCUCAAAGAAUGAUGUUCAUGUGGCAAGAAGCUUUCUUACGAAGAUUUUGCGAAGUUCCAUGAGAAAGAACUGCUUYAAAGGGAGGAAUGAACCCAUAAACAGGCCUCACUCCUGGCACUCARCCAAGUUCAAUGAAAGCCAAUCAGAAACUGGCAAAAGACAGUCUCCGCCCACCACCGUCUGGCACAAUAAAUGUGACACAAGCUCAUCUGCUUCUGAUCUUUCUGCCGGCUGGGAGCAGACAAACCUGCACAGGGUGUCCGACCACUUAGGCUCUCUUGGCAGCAUGGACAGCUUAGAGCACGUCCCCCACUCCUACCCGGCUGGUCACAGACCGUCAAACAACUUUUCGGAGCACCUUGGAGAAGGGAAACGAGACUCGGCGUACAGCUCCUUCUCCACACCGGACCACACGAAAAGCAACACUGCCUCCACGGAAAGUGUACCUUAUAAAGUUGGUCAGUGGGAUGCAGGAGCAAAGAAAAAUAAUGUGAGAAACAGCCAGAGCCUGGUUCCUGAGGGGCAGAAACACAAUGAUAGGUUCACAUAUUUCCAGAUGCCAGGCGUAAACUCAGGCCACAAUGAUGCUCUCACCGAGGACUCAAGUGGUUCCCACCAUUCCAUUUCCAGCAGAACCAGCUUUGGACCUGUGUGGAAUGUCCCUGAGAGAAAAAAGGCCGCUUCACCCUCUCCUCCCCCUCCACUGCCACCGGCACGCAGCGAUAGCUUCGCUGUAACAAAGGCRCACGAAAGAGGGAUAGUCCCCUCUCACCCUGAAGGACCAGAUCCACACACAGCCUGUAAGGCUCCCAGUGAACACCAUCACACUUCCCCUAAAAAUGAUAGUGAGAACGCUUAUACUUCCUCUGAUAAAUACAGUCACACCCAUUCCAGCUCACAUAAACAUCAUCCCCACUCCAGUGAUGCUCACCAAGGCCACCACGAGAGACAAAGACACGAUAGUGAGAAAAGCACUUUUCAUUCUCCACCCUGGGCCUCAUCUGUACCAAAGCCACAGAACGUAGGUGGUUCCUAUACCAGUCCACAGGAACCGCACACGAACAGUUCUACACAUCACAACCAGAACCACAGAUGGAACAUAARCACAGACCCAAACACAGACAGCUCAGGACCUGGUCGAUAUUACUGCGUGUCCACAGCCCAGCAGACACAGCCCAACCACCCAUCUUUAUCCGAUGUACCAGAGGACCUGAGGAGUGCAGYGGGUGCAGAUCUGCUGCAGAAUAAAAAUGAACGGGGCGCUUUUAACACACAUUCAGGCACCCAAACCAAGUGUCAUCUGUCCCAACAGCAGCAACACUCCUCGCACAGUAAAGACAGCAAUGCUUACAGCAAGCACCAUGUCCCUACUGUCCCAGAAACAUCCGUACUUCUCCCCAGUUUUGAUAAUUGUGUACGUCAGAGAGGACACACCACACAAAUGAUAGAUUUUGUGCACAUCRCUAAUCCCCUUAAAAGACAGCCUGAACAACGGAGGUCUCUCUCCGCACAUAUUAUAGAUUUACCCCAAGACAGCAGAGUUCAUAGCCAAGUGAGCAACAAGAUCUGCCCUCAGACAACCCCGAUGCUUCACUCUCUGUCCAUGAAUGUCACGRGCCAGGAGGAGAACGCAGGAGACGCAAACGCCAAGGACUCCCUUAGGGAGGUAAACCGCAGCAGCCGCUUUGCCACCACGCUGAGAAGUGAAAUCCAGAUGAGAAAAGCACAGCUGCUGAAGAGCAGGAGUGCAGCUACCCUCCCCGAUACUGAACAUGAGGCGGAGGAAAACCAAAAUGUCCGUAAGUCCUCUGAAAGUUCCACCUCAACCCCUGCAGAUGGGUCUUUCUCUAACUACUACAAAGAUCAUUUGAAGGAAGCACAAGCGAGAGUGCUCAAGGCCACUUCUUUCAGGAGGAAGGACUUGGAGCCCGUCUUACAGGAGCACUCUGCAGCCGAGGUCCAACCCAGCUACUCAUCCUUAGCACACGCUUGGAAAGAUGGCAGCCCUCUGCUGACGGCCACAGAGUCAAAUAACUCUGCACCUUUUAGUGGUCAGGUGACCCGGAUUGGUGGUCGGAAGCGAUUUCCCCAUGAAAAGAAAAUUCGGUCUUACUCCGAACCAGACAAAAUCCAUGAAGUUGGGGUUGGUGAAAGUCUGACUAUCACUGAAAAUGCCAGCUCCUCGUUGGAUCACCAAAAAUUUUUGAAAGAAAGCAUGACGCCGGAAUUCUCCAAUCMGAGUCCCCUUCAAAGCCAUUCCAAGAACCAGGACAGACCUCGCGCUUCCCGCAGUUCAACAGAGAACCCAGUGAAAGAWGUCAGGCACACCGAGGAGACCCCGAGAGCUCCUCACUCUGCCCAGUCCCUUCAGGAUGUCCAGAGGCUUGGCACAUUCGCAGAGUAUGAGGCAAGAUGGAACGUACAGAGGAAACCUUCAGAGAAAAAAACCUCUGGACGAUCUCAUUCAGCUGAUAAUAUUCUCGAUCCAGGACCCGAGGAUAUAAUGAAGAGCACCUGUUACCACGAGAGAUCCAAAUCCUCUCCUUCAGCAGACUUCUAUGGGCAGAAGAUUCCUGGUCUUGCGACAAAGUUUGACACUGAGCGUAAACCUGCUGAACUGCCCAGCUCUGACACAAGGUUCUCUGACAGUGGUUCAGGUGACUGCAAAGUGGCAGAAAAGCCAGCAGAGUUUGAAAAUUACUCCGCGCCGCCCGCUCCACCCAUGACCGGAGCCAAUCCUGACUGUAGACAGGGAGCUGCUGCUGCCACGCUGAACCACAAGUCUGGUUCUCACAGUCUGCCCGAGCCUGAAGACCACAGCCACACAGAGUUGUCAUCAUCCGGACAGAGGAGGAGGGCCUCUGUGCUGGAGAAACCGUCCCCUACCAGAAGCCAAGACGUCAACUCCCACGAGUCCUUCACCGGCYCCCCGAGCGACGCCUUUACCCACCGCUUGGCUAACUUCGAACCAAACUCUGCUUUUUAUCCCAUCUACUCUGCGAAGGGAGAUCCUGAGCAGGGCAAAGGACACGGUGUAGCGCGUCAUCGAUCAACGUCCAGUCAUCAGCCUGCCCUCUCGCCCCCAGCUUCCUCACACAGGCCUUCAGUGCAUCACAGCAUGGAGGGGCAGCGYACUCCCUCGCCUCAGUUUUCUCCACAGAGACUCAGCGACAAGCCUCCAGUCUCUCUUUACAACGAGGAAUCACACAGGAUGGAGCAAAUCAUAGACGAUCAGAAUUCAACAGUGAGGAAAGUGCCCAUCAGGAUUGUACACUCGGAGGGAAGCGUAGAAAAGGAGAUUUCUCCAUUUUUGCAGCAAAGUGACCUCCCUAUCAUUGAAUCUGAGAGGCAUGAUGUGGCCAGGUUCAGCAGUCUGGGAGCUCUGGGACAGGACACGGUCUUCAGUGCCUUUAGCUGUCAGAAGGAGCCCGACAGUCCUGCAGGUUCUCAGAUGAAGCAGAGAGACGUGUACAUGACCACAGUGAGGGAUUACGCCACUUCUAACAGCCAGCUGGCGCUGCAGACCACAGAUGAUCCCAGCAGGAAGCGAGAAACCACAGGCCUGACUGAGCAGGAGGACCAGAAGAGAGAGGAGCUGGCACGGGACAUCAUGGGGAAGGAUAAAUCACUGGUUGAUAUUCUGGACCAGAGCAAGAUGAAGACCACRAUGGACUUGAUGGAGGGAAUCUUUCCUCAGGGGGAGCAGCUGUUAGAAGGAGCUCAUCAGAGGAGAAAGUUGCAGCCAAAGCAGACAAACUCCAGACCUGCAGAGGACAGGGAGAAGGAGGACAGCGCAUCAGUAGCCGUCACCAUGGUGACCAGUUCAACAUAUUACAGCACAUCCGCUCCGAAAGCCGAGCUUCUUAUCAAAAUGAAAGACAUGCAGGAUCAGAACAGGGAGGACGACUCUGAAGAUGAGCUGGACAUUAAUCUGGCCAACAAAAAACAAGAGCUGAUCGACAGCCUCAGUAAGAAGCUCCAGGUGUUGCGAGAAGCUAAGGAGAGUCUUCUGGAGGACAUCCUGGACAACAACGCUCUGGGCAGCGAGGUGGAGAUCCAAGCCCAGCAGGUCUGCAAGCCGAACGAGCUGGAGAAGUUCCGCAUGUUUGUCGGAGACCUGGACAAGGUGGUGAGCCUGCUGCUGUCGCUGUCGGGCCGUUUGGCCCGAGUGGAGAACGCCCUCAACAGUCUGGAGGAGGACGCCACUCCUGAGGAGAGACGCACCUUGAUCGAGAAGAGGAAGCUGCUGAUUCAACAGCACGAAGACGCGAAGGAGCUGAAGGAGAACCUGGACCGUCGAGAGCAGGUGGUUUAUGAUAUCCUGUCCAACUACCUGCCCGAGGACAGCCUGGCGGACUACGAACACUUUGUGAAGAUGAAGUCUGCGCUCAUCAUCGAGCAACGCAAACUGGAGGACAAAAUCAAACUGGGUGAGGAGCAGCUUAAAUGUCUGACAGACAGCCUGCCCCUGGAGCAGAGGCUGGCUCUGUAGAGGGUUCUGCUCAUGUGGCUCGCUUCAACACAACGACCAGCAGAGGGAGACAAAUAUCAGAGCUUAGAGAAAAUACCCUGUUGGGAACAAGAACUGGUGUUUUUGUUUUUUGUUUUUUUUUACCUGUGCUUCCUGUUUUCUGUACCAAACUGUGAUGGAGGAGGACAUCACCAUCAGGACUCACACAGUUGUUCAGCAUCGGAAAGAUUCAUGUUUUUUUUUCUUGCAUCAUCCAACAACUACACCAUCCUGAAUGCCAUUUUUACCAUGUUCUGUUUUGUUCUAGUAAUUUAUUAUAGACUUUUGAAUCAGAAAAAGGAGGGAUGAUUCUGUCAUCAGCAGAUCUGAGCAGCCUCGCCACCUGAUGUGUUAUAUGCUGGAUAAGUAUUUAUCAUGUUUUGUUUUAUAACAAAAUCCAAAUAUUUCAUGAAAAUCAGCUUCAGUUCUGCAUCCACUCACGUUAACUUAUGGUAUCUUUAGGUUUUUGUGGCUGUUCUGGCAGUUGGUUGUAGAGGAGUGUGCAGCUGAAUGAAUGUCCGGAUUAUUUUCUCCUGCAGAUGUUUCUGUGUCGUUACAUGGAUUCAUCACAACUUCAUCACAUGACAUCAUUAUGUUUUGUUUUACACCAGGAAAAUAUAGACCAUUUCAUAGUUAAAAAUUUGUUACAAAUGCACGAUGCAAGCUGAGCUCAUACGUUAGUCAGGAAAACGCAGAGGUUGCUCUGGAAAUGCCGUUGAAAUUGCACAAAUUCAACCAGUAAAUUUACAGUUUUACAGACCCARUGUGUUUGUUCUGGUGAUUCAUGUUAAACUUUCCCUUAUGAGAUUUUUCAUAAACAUCUGUGCUAUAAAUCUAAUUGGUAAAAUGAUAAAUCGACUGUACUUUUAUAACGCUUUUCUAUCCAUCCAGGACACUCAAAGUGCUUCCUAACGUGUAAUCUAAUGGUGUUUCCAUAGAAACCUCAGUGUUUUACCAGUUGACCUGAGACCCAGAAGAGCUAGACUCCACCUUGUACUCAUGACUACGAAAUCCUCCACUGAAUGCAGUUAACCACUGUUGUUAUUCUUGAUUUGAAYAUUAAAUUUGGUUGAUCUUCUUGCAACAAAAAAAUGCAACAAAAUCAUUUCAAACCAA